AUGGAAAGCAACAUGACCAGUGAUAUCCUCACCAUCCAAGGCUUUGACAUAUCUCCACAGUUCACAUACCCUAUAUUCUUCUUACUGCUGUUUGUUUACUUUACCCUGCUUUUUUCUAACAUUGGUGUCCUUGUGCUUAUCAUCACUGAGAAGAGUUUGCACCAGCCCAUGUAUAUUCUUUUUUGUAACCUGUCUAUUAACGAUCUAAUUGGUAACACAGUCCUCCUGCCUCGGCUGAUGGCUCACAUCAUCUCAACAGAACGCUUUAUCACCUAUAACCAGUGUGUGGCUCAGGCCUUUCACAGCCACACAUUUGGCUCAGCCUCCCAUAUGAUUCUCAUCAUUAUGGCAAUUGACAGAUAUGUAGCAAUAUGUCACCCUUUGAGGUACAGCUCCAUUAUGACAACCAAAACUGUGAUCGGGCUGUCGGCAAGUGCAUGGGGGGUGUCAUUAGUGCUGGUGUCUGUUCUGAUAGGUCUCACAGUGAGGCUUUCUCGCUGCAGAUCCUUUAUACAGAAUGCUUACUGUGACAACGCAUCACUGUUCAAGCUUUCUUGCGAGGAUGUGUCCAUCAACAAUAUCUAUGGACUCUUUUUCACUGUGUUGCUGUUUGGUUGCUCAAUGGGAGGCAUAGCUGUCACUUAUUUCAGAAUAGCUCUCAUCUGCUGGCUCAAGAAAAACAAAGAGUUGAAAAGCAGAGCUCUUCAGACAUGCGCCAGCCACCUUGUUCUUUAUCUCAUCAUGCUCUGGUCUGGGUUUUUAACAAUCAUAUUGCAUCGUUUCCCAAAUUACCCAGAUUUAAGAAAAAUUGCAUACAUUUUAUUCCAUGUGGUCCCUGCUAAUCUAAAUCCAAUCAUUUAUGGAAUGCAAACAAGGUCGUUACGUGAUAAAAUUAUCCAAAUACUGCAAAGAAAAGUGACUCCAAACGAGUAG